AUGAAAUUUUCGACUCCACAGCUAUGGAGCGCCUUUAUGCCGGACCAAAGGCGAAAUAUCAUGAUAUACGUAGCGGGUAUCAUGUGCUACAAAUUUGGAAUUGAAUAUUUCAAUGGUGCCUUUUUGGCAUUGGCAAACGAACGAUUUGGCGAAGCAAGGUAUGAAAAGUUAGGCUUGCUUACCGGAUUGAAUUAUGCAGCCCAAGGUAUCGGAUCGAUCGCAAUCGCACCUCUCGUUAAACGAAUGCCGAUUCGAAUCGUUUUGAUGGGAGCAAUUAUUGCAUUUGGCGUUGUUUCAGCAAUGAUAAUGAUCGUAGAUGCAACAACGGGUGGAAAAAUAAAGUUCAAGACUGCAAAUGAUGAAGUGCAAUACGGAUCUUGGAAUCCGAAUUUGAUGUUUCCAAUUUUCACAUUUUCCGGUUUAUCCUAUGGAAUGGUUGAAUUGAUCCGACGUGUGAUCCCAAGAGAUAUCGUUGGCGGUGAUCCUGCAAGGUUGAAAAAGAUGGACGGUUUGGUUCACGUCUUGUACGAAGUGGCAGGUACGAUUGGCGCUUUGACAUCUGAACGCUUGAUCGACAAGUUCGGGUACAAUUAUUCCUCUUUCUUAUCGCCACCAUUGUUCUUCCUUGCGGGUGCUAUUUGGUGGUUCUUGGACGUGGAAUACGACGGCAAAAGGGCUUCACCGACAAGUUCUGUUGAACUUAUAAAGGUAGACCCCGAACGAUCAACGUUAUUACAAAAUUGGCAAAAGGCAUUUCAUGGAUUCGUCAAAGCGUUCUACUAUGGUGCUUGGUUAUGCUUUACACAUAGAAAGUUUAUUUGGCUGAUUCCAAGUUAUACUUUUGCGCUUUACGGUCACAGAUACCUUGAAAAUGGAGUCGUGCAAAUAUACGCAAAGAGUGUUUUGGGCAAUUCAGGUUUAGCACAAGUGAUCGUUGGAGGUUCGAAUUUGGGAGAAUUGUUGGGCGCUGCAAGUGUUAUGCUGUUUACACAAGCAGUUCCUACGCCCAUUCCGUGGUUACGAAUGGAUGCAAUGACGUUAAACCUUAUCUGGAUCAUUCCGUUCUUCACUACACAAGGUUCAGCAAAUUCUCGAGCAUGGAAGUUGGCACCAUGCAUGAUUCCGAUCUCGUAUGGUUGGGCUGGUGGUGAUGUUUCUUUAGCAGCUUACAUUCAAUCAACAUUAUCCAAACUUGAACAAGAAGAUGAUGAAGUUUCAGCAUUAGGAGCAGUGAUGGCAUUCUUAUAUGUGACGUACAUUGUUCUGUACAGUGUACUUAGUACACAAUUAGGUCGUUGGAUCGAUAAACAAUUACGGGAUCUACAAGGAGAUGCAUUAGUGGCCAAAGCACAAUUUGCACUCAAAAUGAUUGGCGGUGUGCAUUUUACUGUUUUAUCAUUGAUCAUCUUCACCGCAACAUUCAUUCCACGUGGUGCCGUCGCUCUUAAUCCGAAAAAUAUCGAACAAAAGGUGCCAGGAGAUCCAGAGAAGGAUGAUCAAGAAAGGCCUGUAGAGGACACUAGCGGCCCCGUCACUCAAUUACAACUUGCACCUCCAACAACAUACUCCAGAGAAGAAUUCAUUGCUGAACCAAUUCAAGUAUACGAUCAUCAUCCAGAACAUCAUUCUAACCCUGCCUACCCUUCACAUGCCCGUCAAAGUGAAAAUUGGGUAACCAAUCACCAUGUCCGUCGUAUGCAUCCUGCUGAUCGCUAA